AUGUUUGCCACUGAACGACUGACCUACAUGGCUCAAGCUGCAUCUGAUAACAUGAGUCUUCCUAGCUUUGACGUGAGCCGUGACUUUGCCGUACCAACCGGGACCAUGCCACGCAACCAGCUUCCAGGACCACCUACAUUGCUCGAUCCAAUUUUACCUGCUGAAGGCUCAAUCGUUGAUCCGCCAGCUCCGGCUGCAUCAUUCGAUUCCGAACUCCUGGCUUCCUUUGCUAAUUUAACCGUAGAUCCACCCACCCACAUCGAUUGUUCUCGGUUCUACCACAUUUCCUUGGUGUACGACCCUCCUGUGAUUACGCUCGUAACGCUCAAAACCGCCUUGUUCUACGUGAUGGAAAUGACCUCGCUCCACACAUCUUCUUGCAUGCUAAAACUGGACCACAACAUAAUCGAACUCGUCGCUUCUGGGGGAUUGCAAGCAAACUCUUCAGCCCAAGCCCUUUCUUACGCAGACAAAAUCUCCCAACUUCGUACACUCUACGAUCCCAUCCCAUUUAUUCCCAAGAACAAAUCAAGUCACCGCCGACAGCUGCUUGCCUCCGAACUCUUUCAGCAAUUAGUUCGACGCUUGAACGAUCUAUUUCCUCUUGCCGAUCGCGAGUGGUUACCAUCUGACCAAUGGCAAAAACAGAGACCGUCCGAUUCACACAAGUUUGCUCCGAUCAACUCUUGGGUUGAACUUUUUCCUAGCGUCAACCGGGAAGAUAUUACGUUUUCCAACCUCAAAACCAACAAGAACAACUCUGUCAUAGCAUUGAAACCAAAUUCAAAAGCCAAAUACGCUGUCAUCCGUCAAAUCUUCAAGCAUUCUCGGAAACCGCCUGGUCUCGCAGCUACCUCCAGCAAUACUUGCACAUCGCCCCAAUGUCCCAAGAAAAUUCCUUUGCUCUUUAUUUGUGAUUCCUCUCCAAAUCCAGCUUUCUUUGAAUACCUCUGGACUGUUGGUUCCCGCCCUCCUGCGCUACAGGGCGUGCUGCCCGGUUUCACACCAGGUGAGGUUGUAGAGAUCCCCUCUACUCAAUCCUCCCCUCUUAGCCUGGACAGCAAGUUCCUUUCUGGUGGUGCACUGUUUGCCACCAGUACCCCCUCGGAUCUAAACACCAACUCGUGGGUACUUUCCCCCCUAGUUAUUGUAUCCAUUUGGCCUGACGUUGACCUGUCCUUCUCUCUAUCCACUAUGAAAAGGAGAUAUGGAAUCCAAAGCAGAGCAACUCUCAGACAGAAUUCAGACCAAAUUGGGCUGUGGUGGAAUGUAUGUACCAUCACACUUAUGCCCCCUCUCUUCCGCCGCCAUGAGGACAUUCUUACACAUGCCAACUUCCAUUUUACCUACCUGUUGAAUGUCUCCCAUAGCUCCAGCUCAUACAAGUCUAGCUUCAUCAACAGCAAAGGUGAUUGUGUUGCUGAAACGGGAUCCAAAUCCACGUCUUGA